UUCACUCACUCACGCUGUCACGCUGCGCACGCCACCAUGGCUCGCCUGGCAGCCGUCGCCUCCCUCGCCGUCCUCCUUCUGUCCCUCCUAGCCGUGGCCAGCUGCCGCGUCCUCGAAGCGGAGCCCGACGCCUACGAAGGCGAUGACUCCACCGUCGUCGCCAUCUCCGACGCAGCCAAUGGCGCCGCUGUCCCUCAAGAGGAGGCGGCCUCUGGCUCUGCUGCUGAGGCGGCUACCCGGACCGUUGCGGCGGACGGCGAGGGCUCCCUGAUCCGGCUCCCGUCUCACAGGCGCCGCCGGCCGUGCCGCCACGGGUUCCUUCACCGGCACUUCCUCUGGGCCCGCCGCCACGGCCUCUCCGGCCGCCGUGGCGCGUUCGCCGGCCCAGGCGAGGCCCGGCCCCAGUCGGGCAACGGAGAGGAGCGCAGGGAGUUGGAUCAGGAGGAGGAGCUGAAGGCUGUCGCGGAACCUGACCCGGACUUGCGCCGCCCUGCAGACGCCGAUGGCGAGCAGGAGUUCGAUGCGAUGAAGGCAGUGGCAGAGCCUGGCCCCGACUCGCGUCCAGAGAGUGACACCGACGGCGAGCAGGAGAGCGAGGCGGUGACGGCGUGGAAGGGGGAGAUGGUAAGGAAGUUCCGCCACGGCCUCCGCUUCCGCCGCCACCACCACGAGGAGGAGGAGGCGACGAGGACGCGCUUCUUCCACCACCGCCGCGACAGCGAGAACGAGGUCGAUGAGGUGGAAGAGCUGGCGAGGCGGCUGAGCAGGGCGAUCUUGCGGAGGAGCUUCCACGGCCGUCGCCACCACCACCAUCACCACCAUGCCGAGGAAGCUGUGAAGGAGGAAGGCGGCGUGAAGAAGUGGUUCAAGGGCCUCGUCAACCGGUUCUAGACGUACCCCCACCGGCGGACGGCGGUUCGUUGCUUUGUCGUUUACUUUGGUUAAUUUGCGCCCUCCUCCACCCCCGUGCAGUGGAGCUACUACUAUUCCAUCGUUUCGCUCCCAUCCCAUCGUGUGCCAUUUCGGUUUCAUGUACGCUGGCUGUGCUAGUUCUGUGUGUGGCUUCUGAGAUGGUCAGUGUGAUGUGUCUUGCUGCAAGUUAACUUUGUGUGUGCACGCAUAUGAUUAUGAUAUUUUAUCUUGCGGGUUGAUGUAA